CCGAGUCGGCGGCACACUCCACCACCACCUCCAGGCACACCCUAAGAUUCCUCCACUCUCCUGAGAAGACGCACCAGGCUCUGCCUAGUCUCCCCGCCCCCCCUCCCCGCUACACCCCCCACUCACGCGCGCGCCCCUCUACACACACACACACACACACACACACACACACACACACACACACCCUCGCGCAGAGUCACUCCCCCUCGCACGCCCUCGCCCUGGGCACCCUCCCGCCGCGAGGCUCCCGCGUCCUCCUCCUCGCUCCCUCUGCUGCCUGGUGGCUCUGCGCUCUAGGGCCCGGCCUGGGGCCGCUCGACCCGUGGGGGAUCGGUGGGGAGCGGAGGGCGCAGCCUCGCCGCCUCCCCCGGACUCUCCUCUCCGCCCCGCCCGCGCCGCGCCCCCCACCGCCUCCUCGGGAGAGGGACCUCGGGAGAGGCAGCCCCGUGGCCGGCCCGGCUCCUCUCCGCGCGGCACCGGCAGCAGCAGCGGCGGGGGCAGGGAACAAGCGAACCGGAGCUCACGAGCCCGAGAGCGGAGCGGCUAGGCGGGGAGGGGACGCGCUGCCGAGCUGGGGCUGGAGCGGCGGUGGCGACAGCGGGGGAAGGACGGCCCCCCGGACGGACCGACACACGAACCGACCGAGUGAGGGAGGAACGAGCGAGACUUCGCCGGCGAGGAGGAGCCGCCCGAGCGGCGGCUGCUGGGCGCUUCCCCGCGCUGCUGGGCGCUCUGCGCCUCGGCGGCCCCCGGCCGCAGCUUCCUCGCGCGCGCGGGGCGCGGGGCCUGGGGCUGGCUUCGGCGAAGGUGAUGGGGAAUGUGGUGCAGAGAGCUGCGCAUGAAGGGCAAGGGUGCCCAGCCCUGAAGACGCUCCGAAGGGUGCGGUAGAGGACAGGGGUCACGGAACUAACUUCAAGCUGGUGUGCACAGUGUCUGAGCAACUACCAGCCCAAAAGCUGGAGUCACCAUGGCGGCGGGAGUUGCAGCCUGGCUGCCUUUUGCCCGGGCUGCAGCCAUUGGGUGGAUGCCAGUGGCCAAUUGUCCCAUGCCCCUCGCUCCAGCAGACAAGAACAAGCGGCAAGACGAGCUGAUCGUCCUCAACGUGAGCGGAAGACGGUUCCAGACCUGGAGGACCACUCUGGAGCGCUACCCCGACACCCUGCUGGGUAGCACGGAGAAAGAGUUCUUCUUCAAUGAGGACACCAAGGAGUACUUCUUUGACCGCGACCCGGAAGUGUUCCGCUGCGUGCUCAACUUCUACCGCACCGGGAAACUGCACUACCCGCGCUACGAGUGUAUCUCCGCCUACGACGAUGAGUUGGCCUUCUAUGGCAUCCUCCCUGAGAUCAUUGGAGACUGCUGCUACGAGGAGUACAAAGACCGCAAGCGGGAGAACGCGGAGCGGCUCAUGGACGACAAUGACUCUGAGAAUAACCAGGAGUCCAUGCCCUCGCUCAGCUUCCGCCAGACCAUGUGGCGGGCAUUCGAGAACCCACACACCAGCACCCUGGCUCUGGUCUUCUACUACGUGACUGGUUUCUUCAUUGCCGUCUCAGUCAUCACCAACGUGGUGGAGACGGUGCCGUGCGGCACGGUGCCAGGGAGCAAGGAGCUGCCAUGUGGAGAGCGCUACUCGGUAGCCUUCUUCUGCCUGGACACUGCCUGCGUCAUGAUCUUCACAGUGGAGUACCUCCUCCGGCUUUUCGCGGCGCCCAGUCGAUACCGUUUCAUUCGCAGUGUGAUGAGCAUCAUCGACGUGGUGGCCAUCAUGCCCUAUUACAUCGGCCUGGUCAUGACCAACAAUGAGGAUGUAUCUGGGGCCUUCGUCACGCUCCGGGUCUUCCGUGUCUUCAGGAUCUUCAAGUUCUCCCGACACUCCCAGGGCCUACGGAUCCUGGGCUACACCCUGAAGAGCUGUGCCUCGGAACUGGGCUUUCUCCUCUUCUCCCUCACCAUGGCCAUAAUCAUCUUUGCCACUGUGAUGUUUUAUGCCGAGAAGGGCUCCUCUGCCAGCAAAUUCACAAGUAUCCCUGCAUCUUUCUGGUACACCAUCGUCACCAUGACUACACUGGGGUAUGGAGACAUGGUGCCUAAGACAAUCGCAGGGAAGAUAUUUGGCUCCAUCUGUUCCCUGAGUGGUGUCCUGGUCAUUGCUCUCCCAGUCCCUGUGAUAGUCUCCAACUUUAGCAGGAUCUACCACCAGAACCAGAGAGCAGAUAAACGCAGGGCACAGAAGAAGGCCCGCCUUGCCAGGAUCCGUGUGGCCAAAACAGGAAGUUCCAAUGCCUACCUGCACAGCAAGCGCAAUGGGCUCCUCAAUGAAGCCCUGGAGCUGACGGGCACCCCAGAAGAGGAGCAUAUGGGCAAGACCACCUCGCUCAUUGAGAGCCAGCACCACCACUUGCUGCACUGCCUAGAAAAGACCACUGGGUUAUCCUAUCUUGUGGAUGAUCCCCUGUUAUCUGUACGAACCUCCACCAUCAAGAACCACGAGUUUAUCGACGAGCAGAUGUUUGAGCAGAACUGCAUGGAGAGCUCGAUGCAGAACUACCCGUCCACCAGAAGCCCCUCUCUCUCCAGCCACUCCGGCCUCACCACCACCUGCUGCUCCCGGCGCAGUAAGAAGACCACACACCUGCCCAACUCCAACCUGCCGGCCACUCGCCUGCGCAGCAUGCAAGAACUCAGCACGAUCCACAUCCAGGGCAGUGAGCAACCCUCCCUCACCACCAGUCGUUCCAGCCUUAAUUUGAAAGCAGACGAUGGACUGAGACCAAACUGCAAAACAUCCCAGAUUACCACGGCCAUCAUCAGCAUCCCCACGCCCCCGGCUCUAACCCCAGAGGGAGAAAGUCGGCCCCCUCCUGCCAGCCCAGGACCCAACACGAACAUUCCUUCCAUAGCCAGCAACGUUGUCAAGGUCUCUGCCUUGUAAAAACACCGGACAGAGGGCCCGAGGGGUUAGUGGGGAGUAAAGGGGGCUGGCAUGUUAGUGGGUGGUCACUGAGACCACUCCCUCCCCCUUUCCCACUAUUUCUGCCUGCCCCGUUAACACCCCUAGCACUGAGACUUGUGCGUGGAAGGGAAAGGAAGCAGCAAAGGGGACCUGAGGCUCCCGCUGCUGGUGUGGACAUAGCCCUGUGACAUCGCAUCUUGCUGGGGCCUGAGGAAGGGAGGGGGUGGGUAGGGAAUAGGCCAUUAGGGGGUGUAGGCCGCUUGCCUGGACAGGGCCUGGUAGGGGCACCUCAGACCAAAUAACAGUUGUUUCUGAAGACCCCAGUGAGGAAAACACAAGACCAAGGGAGGCCCAGAGGCCGAGUCGUCACAUGCAAACAGGAAGAAAAUAUAACACUGUGUACUCAGCACCUUUUUCAAGGAUCUUAAUGGAUAAUA